GCCAUUCUUCUAAUUCUUGCUUUAUGGUUUCCUCAUUCUAUGGCAUUGACAGACAACUUACCAUCUUGUCAAUUAUUUGUUUUGAUUUUCAGUUGUGGCAAUGUGGAUGAUUUUCAUCAUUUUCAUUAUUGGUGGUGAUUAAAACAAAGAGAACAUUACUGUCUGGCUUGGCAAAACAUUGUUUAUAAUAUAUAUAUAUAUAUUUUUGUGCCUGCAUCAUAUUUUUCGGUACAAACAUGUAUAUUCCAAAUUUCCUAUUCGCAUUAGCACUGCUUUUUGUUGCCCAUGCAGAGACCAGUGUAGAAGAGGAAAACGAUGAAAACAACAGGUAUAACAUCGAAGGGCGCAUUUUCCCACUGUCCGACUACCAUACAACUCAAGCCAAUUGGCAAGCUAACACCAGAGUCCACGUGAAUGGAGGAGAAUAUCUUGGCUUCGUUAAACGAGAUGGCUCAUUUGUAGUACACAACUUACCUGCUGGAUCUUAUGUUGUGGAGGUGUUUAAUCCAGAGUAUACCUUUGAGCCUGCAAGAGUCGAGAUCAACUCCAAAGGAAAGUUUAGAGCAAGGAAGGUUAAUCAUAUCAGAACUUCUGAGGUCAUUGUGGUACCUUACCCAUUGAGGAUGAAAGCAUUAGGUAAAACAAGAUAUUUCCAAGUACGAGAGCAAUGGAGGAUAACAGAUCUUCUCUUCAACCCAAUGGUGAUGAUGAUGGUACUUCCAUUGCUUUUUAUCAUGGUUCUGCCCAAAAUGAUGAAUGAUCCAGAUACCAAGAAAGAAAUAGAGCAAAUCCAGAAUAUGGCAAAGUUCGAGUUACCUGAGAUGUCCGAUAUGGUAUCCAAUUUCUUAGCCGGUUCUACUAUGCCUUCAGAGAAGAGUGAGAAGAACCAGGUUUCUGCUAGUAAGAAGAAUGCCAAGACAAGGAAGAGGGUAGAUAAGUAGUUUAAUAAAAAGUACAACUAGAUACAAGAAAUAAUUUAGAUUUGCUUAUUGUCUCUUUUAAGUGAUGUUUUUUCUUAAACAUGUGUGAUUUUUAUAAUAUAAUGCACUGAGUAAUGUGAUAAACACUAUCUUUCAUAAAAGUUAACAUGCAAUAAUUUCUCCAAUAAUUUUUUUCUUUUUAGUUGUGAUAGUUCCAUUGAUUUAAAUUUAAUACCACUUUUGCAGUCAGUGCAUUGUUUAUAUGUUGUUGAUACCUACUUUACUUGUUGAACAAAAUAUACUUCACAUUUUUAUGAUUCAGUGUGUUUUGAUCACCUUCUCACCCAUUUUAACUGAUAAUUACUUCUGUAUGUUGGAACAAGGAUUAGUAUCAUUUGCUUUUGAUUCCAAUAUUGUUUGUAUACUAUUUUUGUUUGUUUGUAUUACUAAUUUUGUACAGUAACUUCAUAUCUAUUUUGGAAUAGUAUAUGUGCAGUGCAUUGUUUUCAUUUUCUUUUGAGAGUAUGAAUAAAAAGAUUUACUAAAAACAUG